AUGGCUACAAUCAAAGACCCAAUGAUGCUUCUUCGUCAUCUCAAGGACAAUGAUAUUAUUACAGAAAACCAAUUUAAAAUAUAUGAGCUCAAUAGCAAUGAAGACAGUGUGUACAAACUUUUGGAGUUUAUUGAAAGCCGUAAACAACCUCAUGUUGAAAAGUUCUGGAAGUGUGUGAACCAGGAGCAUAUUUUGACAAGGUAUCCUGAACUGUCUGAACUGAUCAAAAAUGUAAACACGAGUGGCUUGAAGAGCAACAGUGAGAGUAACCAAGCUGGACCAUCAUCUCAGAGCACUAACACCCAGAAGACAGCUGGACAAAUAAAAAAAAAGGGAAAAAAGGAUCUCAACACCUUGAUUAAGCACAAGAAACUGCUGCCUGUAACAUGUGGGGAUAAAAAAGCUGUACUGGUCAGAAAAAGACUCUUCAAUGAAAAGAAUUUUAUUUCCAUUGGGGGAAAGUACAUAACCCCUGGAGAACUUGAGAAAUUGGGUGGAAAGGGGACACAAAAAGACUGGAAAAAAAGCAUAAAAUGCUAUGGAUACACCCUUAAGACUCUCAAUAAGAUGGGUCUUUUAAAGUUGCCUAAACUUACAGGAAUGAAGGUUACCGCCCGUAAAUGAUAUUUUCAUUUAUUCUAAUUUCAUACUUCAU